AUGUACAUGUGCGCCUACUGGCCGGAUUGUCCAGCAGGGGAUGUAGGUUUCGGUGCUAAAACUGCACGAGUGACUGUCUCGUUACCCAAAGACUCACCAUCUCUGACUUGCAACAGUCUUUCUACUGAACUCACUCGCGGAGUUGCAACCGAGGUUGCUCUGCAAUGCACCGCGACAAAAGAGCUCGCUGGCAGAGGCUUGAAACUAUCGUGGUUCAGGGAGGAUGAACGGCUUCUGAACCCUGACCAGGAGGCCGACGAUAACGUGUAUUUACGGCAUUUGCUCCAAGCGGAUGAAAACGGGCUCAGGUUCUACUGCGAGGUGAAUGGGCCACACGGUAAGGAAUCUUGCUCCGAGGUCCCACUGAAUAUUCCACCUACCUUGUCCCUUACUCCCACUUCGCAAACAGUAUACGAGGGCACCGAUGCCGUCUUUACAUGUACUGCCUCCGGAAUGCCGUACAUCCAGACUUUCACUUGGUACGUGGAAGAGACACGCACCUUGAUGAAGGACUCAGGCUCACGUGUACUUGUCGAAAAAGGAGACGGCACCUCCUCAUUGCGAUUGAAGCGAGUCAAGACAUCUGCACACAGCAGAAGCAUCGCCUGUGUUGUUGCUGUUCCGUCCGGUGUGUCAGCUAACGCUACCGGGAGUUUGAUGGUCCAGAAAGCCGAGCGAGUCGAAGCCGUGCUUUCUCCCGGUGGCCAGGUAGACGUUCCCCCUUCGACGUCUGUGUUCUUCACCUGCUCCGCUCUCCCGUCAGAACUUACCAGCGUUGCCUCGUUCGCAUGGUCAUCUUGA